AUGCAAACUGUUGAAAACGGAGAGACCGCUCGUAAUACAUUAUAUGAUUUUAAGGGAGUACAUGAGAAACUUAAAAACACCUAUGACAAGAAAAACCUACCAGAUCAACAAGUUGAAGGCAAGAAAAAAAAACUCACGGAGCUUCACGAAAAGGUAGAGGCUGCAUUUCCUUAUACCAGUGACGAGAGUCUGCGGAAUUUCCUCUUCGAUAACAUCGAUGUCGCAGAGGAUGCACACAGGGCGGCACUAAACGCUGAAACUAUUCUGAAGCGUGCGCAAGAAGCUGAUAACUUUUUGCAGAAGGCCUUGAAAAAACUCGAGGACGCACUUAAUGCUGCUAAGGAGAAGAGUAAAGAAAGACCACCACAACAAAAUCAAGGAUCAUCAAACAACACAGGGGAUCAGAGUGCCCCCAGCGAUCCUAAUUCUAACCAGCAAGUAUCUCCUGCAAAUACGACUGCCGCACCAGACUCACAAGAAAUCAAUUCCACUACUCCGCCGAGCACCGAGAACACUACCAGUGAAGCACCAACCACCACUCCAUCUCCUGUUCCUGUACCCAACGAAGAGAUCAGCACCAUCAUCGCUUCCACAGUACAGACGAACAAGGCUAAUGUUGACAGCAGUGUCAGUCCUGUGUGGAUGCGCACUGCUGCACCGCUACUGAUUGUGGCUGUGUUGUUCUCCGUUACCGUGUACUGA